UAUUCUUACGUAGUCAACAAUUUUACACGGUUCCAUCUCUUAUUCGACAGGCUGUGUGGCAUGGCAAUAUCAUAGAUAUCUUCUGGCCAGAAGCAACUCUUUUGUUAUAUAUUAUCCUAUUUAUGGAGUUUGAUGUGUUGUACCCUUGAAGAUCGUUUUCUCCAAAAAUAGUUGGGUUGAAUAUGACUUAGUGUCUGACAUGCCAUGUUCCACUUUCCAUGUUAUUUGGCAGUUGAAUUUUCAACUGCUCUUCAAAUCAAACCCGACUCUUGGUACUUACCUACCUUGUUUGAAGCAGACAAGAACUACACAAAAUAGAGUUGAUCCAUGCUCGUGGGGCUUCGCAUUAAGACCUCUAACUUAUGUCCAUGUCGUGAAGCCCCCACUUGGGUUGUGAUCAUUUCUCUAUAUAACUUCUUCUGUAACGUAGAAUCUUUUUGGGAAUCUUGUCUCCAGUAAUGACAACGCCUCAAAUAGCUGGAGAUGAGAAUGGUAACGUUGGUGAUGAGGAGGUUCGCUCUCAAUGGGCUGCUAUUGAGAGAUUACCAACGUUUGAAAGGAUCACUACUGCUCUGUUCUGGAACAGAGAUGAACAAGGGAGGAGAAACGAGAGACGAGUCAGGGAUGUUUCUAAACUUGAAGAUCUUGAUAGACAUCUCUUUAUUGAUGAUCUCAUUAAACAUGUUGAGGAUGAUAAUCUCCAGUUAUUGCAGAAAGUUAAGAACAGAAUCGAUGAGGUUGGUCUCGAGUUACCGACGAUUGAAGUGAGGUUCAGUGAUCUUUUUGUGGAAGCAGAGUGUGAGGUAGUUUAUGGAAAGCCCAUCCCAACUCUUUGGAAUGCUAUUGCAAGCAGACUAUCUAGAGUCAUGUGUUUAAAGAAAGAAAAAAACAUAAGCAUCUUGAAUGGCGUCAGUGGUAUCGUAAGGCCUAAAAGAAUGACUUUGUUGCUUGGUCCUCCUAGUUGUGGUAAAACCACUCUGCUACUUGCACUAGCUGGAAGACUCGACCCUUCUUUGAAGACUACAGGAAACGUUAGUUACAACGGUCACUUAUUAUCAGAGUUUGUUCCUGAAAAAACAUCAAAUUAUGUAAGUCAAAAUGAUCUACACAUUCCAGAGAUUACUGUAAGAGAGACACUCGAUUUUUCAGGAUGUUUUCAAGGCACAGGAAGCCGUUUAGAAACUGUGAAAGAGAUUAGUAGAAGGGAGAAACUGAAAGGAAUAGUUCCUGAUCCUGAUAUAGAUGCAUACAUGAAGGCAGCUUCAAUUGAAGGUUCAAAGACUAAUCUGCAAACUGAUUAUAUCCUAAAGAUCCUAGGACUCAGUUUCUGUGCAGAUACACGCGUUGGAGAUACUUCAAGACCAGGAAUAUCUGGUGGCCAAAAGAGAAGAUUAACUACAGGUGAGACGAUCGUAGGUCCAAUCAAAACUCUGUUCAUGGAUGAAAUAUCUAAUGGUCUGGACAGUUCAACAACGUUCCAGAUUGUAUCUUGUCUCCAACAUUAUGCCCUUCUGUCUGAAGGAACCAUAGUGGUUUCACUGCUUCAGCCUGCACCAGAAACAUUUGAGAUUUUUGACGAUGUGAUUCUUAUGGGAGAAGGAAAGAUAAUCUACAUUGGUCCAAGGGAUUAUAUUUGUACAUUCUUUGAGGAUUGUGGAUUUAAAUGUCCAACUAGAAAAUCUGUUGCUGAAUUUCUUCAGGAGGUUAUCUCAAGGAAAGAUCAAGAACAGUAUUGGUGUCACAUAGACAAACCUUAUUGUUAUGUCUCCAUUGACUCAUUUAUAGAGAGGUUCAAAAAGUCUGAGCUUGCGUUACAACAACAAGAAGAACUCUCCAAGACACAUGACAAGUCUCAGGCUCAGAAAGAGGCUUUAUGCUCAAGAAAAUACUCACUUAGUAACUGGGAGAUGUUAAGAGCUUGCUCAAGGAGAGAGUUUCUUCUGAUAAAAAGAAACUCUUUUGUUUAUGUUUUCAAGUCUGGACUCGUAAGUUUAUGGCUUCUUUACCAGAAAAUCUAUACUUGUUUUAACCAUUACAUGCUAAACCCUUUUACCUUUUUACUGCAGUUGAUCUGCAUUGGAUCUAUUGCAAUGACGGUUUAUCUAAGGACUGGGUCUAAAAGAGAUGUAGUGCAUGCUAAUUAUCUUAUGGGUUCUUUGUUCUUUUCAAUCUUUAAAAUGCUUGCUGAUGGACUUCCAGAACUCACACUAACAAUUUCAAGGCUCUCAGUGUUCUACAAGCAGAAAGAGUUGUACUUUUAUCCUGCUUGGGCCUAUGCAGUUCCUUCAGCUAUUUUAAAGAUACCCAUUUCAUUUCUUGAAGCUUUUAUGUGGACGUCGUUGACAUAUUAUGUCAUUGGUUAUAGUCCUGAUAUUGGCAGGUUCUUUCGCCAGUUCUUGAUCUUCUUUGCUUUACACCUUUCAUGUAUAUCAAUGUUCCGUGCUAUAGCCGCCACCUUUAGAGAUUUUGUUCUUGCCACAACAAUUGGAACUGUCUCUGUAGUGCUUCUCUCAUUAUUCGGAGGAUUCGUCCUUCGAAAACCGUCCAUGCCUGCUUGGCUUCAGUGGGGUUUCUGGUUGUCUCCAUUGUCAUAUGCUGAGAUUGGUCUAACCUCAAAUGAAUUUUUCUCUACACGAUGGAGUCAGACAACAUCUGGAAACAGAACGUUAGGGGAAGAAGUUCUUGAUGCUCGAGGGCUGAACUUUGGUGAUCAAUCUUACUGGAGUGCAUUUGCUGCUUUAAUUGGCUUGGCAUUCUUCUUCAAUAUUAUUUUUGUACUGGCUUUGACAUUUCUAAAGGCAUCAAAUAGGUCUCGCGCGAUUGUGUCUGGUGAUGAUAACAGUCAAAGUUCAGGAAACCACAAUAAGUCAAGUUCUAAAGUUGCUUCCCAAUCCAAAAAUGCAUUACCUUUCAAGCCCCUUACUUUCACAUUUCAAGACGUUUGUUAUUUCGUCCAAACUCCUCAGGGCAAGAAGGUGCAGCUUCUCUCUAACGUUACAGGGGCAUUCAAGCCUGGUGUUCUCACUGCUCUAAUGGGUGUGAGUGGUGCUGGUAAAACGACUCUGAUGGAUGUUCUCUCUGGAAGGAAAAGCCGCGGUGACAUUGAAGGAGAGAUCCAAGUAGGUGGUUACCGUAAGGUUCAAGAAACCUUCGCAAGGGUUUCAGGUUAUUGUGAACAGUUUGAUAUUCACUCUCCCAAUUUAACCAUAGAAGAGUCGUUGGAAUACUCUGCUUGGCUUCGACUUCCUUCUACCAUCAACUCAGAAACAAAGAGGGCAAUAGUCAGAGAAGUUCUUGAGACAAUAGAGCUGGAGGGUAUUAAAGAUUCCAUAGUAGGACUUCCUGGAGUUAGCGGUUUGACAACAGAACAACGCAAGAGACUAACAAUAGCUGUGGAGCUUGUUGCCAAUCCUUCAAUCAUAUUCAUGGAUGAACCAACCACAGGAUUAGAUGCAAGAGCUGCUGCGAUUGUGAUGAGAGCUGUGAAGAACAUCACAGAGACUGGCAGGACUGUUGUUUGCACCAUUCACCAACCGGGAACUGAUAUCUUUGAAGCAUUUGAUGAGCUGGUUUUGAUGAAAAAUGGAGGACGGAUUAUCUAUCAUGGACCUCUUGGACAACAUUCAAGCAAUGUUAUUGAAUACUUUAUGAGGAUUCCUGGAGUUCCGGAAAUGAAAGAGAACACUAAUCCAGCAACUUGGUUACUAGACAUUACAUCUAGAUCAUCAGAAGACAAACUUGGUGUUGACUUGGCCCAAAUAUACAAGGAAUCUUCUUUGUUUAAGGAGAACAAUAUAGUAAUAGAGCAAAUGAGAGGUACAUCUUCAGAAACAGAAGAACUAACCUCCUCGACGCGUUAUGCUCAAACGGGUUGGGAACAGUUCAAGGCAUGCCUAUGGAAACAACAACUCUCUUAUUGGAGAAACCCUUCCUACAAUCUCACUCGCAUCCUCUUCAUGUGUUUUACCUCUGUGAUCUGUGGCGUUUUGUUCUGGCAAAAGGCUAAGAAAAUAGACACUCAACAAGAUCUUUUCAACGUAUUGGGAUCAAUGUACACGGUGGUUCUUUUCACUGGAAUGAACAAUUGCUCUACAGUGUUAUUCUGCAUUGCAACCGAGAGAAAUGUCUUCUACCGUGAAAGAUUUUCUCAAAUGUACAACUCAUGGGCCUACUCCCUUGCACAGGUGUUGGUUGAGAUUCCAUACUCAUUAGUCCAGUCUAUUUUAUGUGUGAUAAUCUUAUAUCCUAUGGUUGGCUAUUACUUCUCGGUGUACAAAGUGUUUUGGAGCUUCUACGCAGUCUUCUGCACGUUGCUCAUUUACAACUAUUUUGGUAUGCUUUUAGUCGUCAUCACCCCAAACAUUCACGUUGCUUUUACUCUCCGUUCGGCCUUCUACUCAAUGGUCAAUCUCUUCGCUGGUUAUGUCAUCCCAAAACCUAGCAUUCCGAAAUGGUGGAUUUGGAUGUAUUACUUGAGCCCCACGUCAUGGGUUUUGAAUGGAUUGCUCACGUCUCAGUAUGGUGAUAUGGAGAAUGAGGUAAUAGCGUUCGGAGAGAGGAAGAAGGUUUCAGAUUUCGUGGAAGAAUAUUUUGGUUUCAGAUAUGAUUCUUUGGCUCUUGUAGCUAUCGUUCUCAUUGCCUUUCCCAUUCUCUUAGCAUCUCUUUUUGCAUUCUUCAUAGGUAAACUCAAUUUCCAAAAGAAGUGAUUUACUGUAAUCCUGCUUCACAGUGUCAGUAUGAAGAAUAACGUUUGGUAUUUAGCAAAUAAAUAAAUUAAGCUUUCUAGAUUUAUU